GUUACCCAUAAACCACCACUAUCUGUAUCCAUUUAAAUUCGAAUUUAUUGAGAUCACAGCUGGAAUCAUGAUGAAAGGCUGGAAUAGUUAUAAAGCAACAAUUAUUAUUCAGCCGUCAAUAGAAGCUGUAACCUCGAUCGGGGGCUUAUUGGGCCCAUUCUCCAUAUUCUCGUAAAUGUUCUACAUCCAACCCCCGCGAGGGGUUCUCGCCUUCAACACACUGACGUCCUGUAUUGACACACGGAUCGACUACCUCGAACUUGUUUACGAGAACAAAGUUGACAGUUUUGAUGGCAAUAUAGAAUAUCUAUUCGAGGGUUCAAAAUAUGACAGAACUGGCCACUUCACUUUGAGACUACUGUGCUCCACGUCCAACGACUUGUGGGCGUAUUGGGUGACAAGGGAAACUACUUUGCUCGAAUACAGGCUGACCCAUGUCUCCCAGAGACAAAUACACCGCAUGUUUAAAAAUAUCCAAAACUCUGUAGAGUCGACAAUGGAGUACGACCCACUUCACGCAGCGCUGCACAAAAUUAGCACAUUCUUUUUGCAAAGAGAUAUAUUUUUUCAUAUAAUUGCCAAAAGUCAUUCCAUUUACUGCGAAGACUACAGCGUAAAACUUAAAUUUCAGAUAGUACCAGAUUUGAUAAAGAAAAGGCUUGUCGAUCUUCAAGAGGGCGUUGCAAUAAUAUUUUGUUCAAGAUGGAAAGAGCUCAUCAAAUCUUUAUUCAAGUCUCUCCUAUCGAGAGAUAAAGUUAAUCUGGAGAAAGGAUGCCUGACAAACAUGAUAAAGUCGGAUCCUCGUUUGAACUUUAUCCACCAAAGAAUAGAGCUGCGAUUGAUGAAAGGGGGGCAGAUCGGAAAAAGUAGAAUAACCGUCAAUAAUAUAGAUUCGGAAGUUUAUGAUUUUCCGCUGUGUAUGAGCCAUUUACACUUCACACUACGACGGCUUCACAGACUCAGUCACAAUGCUCGUUUCUACUAUAGCCUCUUUUUGAAAGACAGUGGUAUGACUGUCGACGAAUCUCUAGUAUUCUGGAGACUUGAAUACUCGCAGCCUCACACAUGUACUUGCUCAUGUUCUCACAACUGGAAAUCUGAUACUCGUAGAUUCACUUAUAGUAUCAGGCAUUUGUAUGGGCUCGAAGGUUCUCGCAAAAAUUACAACACUCCAAAUUGCAGUGUCAUUUGUAACAAUACAAGUGGGCCAAGAUACGAGGGCGGUUGUCCUUUCAAAAGCUUUGACAGAGACAAGUUGAAAGAGCUACUGAAACGUGUUAUGAAGCAAAGUAACACGGACUCAUAUCUGGAUACUUUUUCGAAACAGAAACCGGAAGUUGCUUGCGCAUCUUUCUUAAAAUUACAACGCAUGAAAAACAUUGACAACACAUUUAUUAACAGUCCGGUACAGUAUUAUCAGCUAAUGAAAGAAUACGAUUGA